GUUCUUGCGACUCCGCAUAAAUCUGUGACGUAAUUACGUACGUACGUACGUGCAAUGUCACCGUUAGGUAGCUUCCUGCUUCCGGUUGGGUGUUGAGGUGUGUUGGUGGUGAUGAUGAUGAUGCGUUGGGGUCUGGUGUUGGUACUGGGCGUGCAGCUGAUGUUCGGAUGGACCCGCGGGUCAGAACUCACAUUCGAGUUACCGGACAACGCCAAACAGUGUUUCUAUGAAGACAUUAUCAUCGGGACUAAAUGUACCCUUGAGUUUCAGGUGGUUACAGGAGGACACUACGAUGUUGACUGUCGUCUCGAGGAUCCAGAUGGUACAGUCCUCUAUAAAGAGAUGAAGAAACAGUACGAUAGCUUCACGUUCACAGCGGCAAGAAACGGCACCUAUAAGUUCUGCUUCAGCAACGAGUUCUCCACCUUCACCCACAAGACCGUCUAUUUUGACUUUCAAGUCGGCGAUGACCCUCCUUUGUUCCCCAACGAGAAUCGAGUCACUGCUUUAACCCAGAUGGAGUCUGCAUGCGUCUCUAUUCACGAGGCCUUGAAAUCCGUGAUCGACUAUCAGACACAUUUCCGCCUGCGAGAGGCGCAGGGCCGCAGCCGAGCGGAGGAUCUGAAUACCAGAGUGGCGUUUUGGUCCAUCGGCGAGGCCUUCAUCUUGUUGGUGGUCAGUAUCAGUCAAGUCGUUCUUCUUAGGAGUUUCUUUUCAGACAAGAAAACCACAACAACUCGUGUUGGAUCGUAAUGCGUGUGGGUGAUCAUCAUCGCUGAUCUACGCCACACACGGGAACCUCGGACGCGGUUACAUCUUGAUGUUUUUUAUUAAAUAAAGUCACAUACACAGUAGAUUUAUUUCAACAACAUCACGACUUUGUUUCCUUGGAGUCUGUGUGUGAACUGUGUGUCCCAUUUCCAUCAAAUAAGGUUUUCAAUUCUGAAAAUGAAACUUAAUCUAAUUUAUUUUGUGGGUGUACGUUAAAGUUUUACAUGUGAAAGUGAAGAAUAAAGGAUGUUUAGACGCUGUAGAUCUGCUGGACACACGGCUGCAGUUUGUUUAUAUCCAGAGACUGCAAACAAUAAUUCUGUCUAAAUUCAGGAGAGCUUCAUGUGGUUUAUUUGUGGUGUUACAAACAGGUAUUCUUGCUUUAACCUAAUUUGUCUUUUCUUUCCAUGACAUCGGUGUAAUUUCUGUGUUUUAUAGUAGCUAUGUUCAUUUCUUUUUAAUAGUGAUGCGUUUAUUUCUUUACCAUGUUUGUUUGGGGUAAUAAAUGUCUUGAGAAACA